AUGUAUACGACCCUUCAGGCAGACUCCUUGAAACAGAUCGUGGUCCGGUCGGCCGACGAGAUCAACCAUGCUAAUAUAUCCACCGUCACGGGGAAACCAAAGCGAACCCGUUCAAAGACUGGAUGCUUGUGUUGCCGUGUGAGAAAGAAAAAGUGUGACGAACAACGGCCUUCUUGUGGUCUUUGUACGGCCAGAGGUAUCCAGUGUGUUUACCUGGGACUGCCUCCUGUGAAGCUGGCGAAAGAGAUGAUCAAAGAGAUCACCGAAGAGCCUGUGGUACCUCCAGGCUCCUCCUCUGGUUCUGCUGAAAUACUGCCUGAACUGGCUACCAUGCCUGCUCCUCAUGUCCUAGAUGGCCAGUUGGAAUCGGUGCUCGAUGAAGAUAAGGUUUCUUUGAAACUAGAGCUGGAACCCGGUACCGGCGAGUUCGAUGAGUUCCUCUUCCUUUCUCCCAACAGCAAAGACCAGCCUGCUGAAAUCGAUAUUUCCAAUCAGAACAACGACUAUAGCCUUGUUUCUAUGGAUGGUAAGCUACCGCUUACAAAACAAAGCCAAGCAAACAUUCUUGUUGAGCCUAUGGACCCCUUCCGCCUAGUGCUAGACGAGAGAGGCUACCAGCUUGUUUACUUUUUCCAUAACGAAAUCAUCCACCGCAUCUGUAUUUCCCCGAAAUCAGUCCAAAACCAUUUUGCAUCCACAUUCACAGGCGUUUCUUACCGAGACGAGAGCGUUUUACGUCUUUUGGCAGCUUGGGGUGCAUUAUUUGUGGAUGGCCCUAACUCGGCCAGUCUUAAAUCAAGGAUGCACGAAGCUGAUCUCUCUCUUCGGAGAUUCUACUCAGAUAAAGUGCUCGAUGAUCAGGACAAAUUCAACCUAAUAUGUUUCCACCUUAACGCUGCCGGUAUCGGCGUUUGCUCUGGUGACACCAAGGACUGGGUUUACCACCACCGCAAGUGCGGUGAGCUCAUUCGUGGAUUUGGCUCCAUCAAAAACUUUUUAACGAAAAUGAACUAUCUGAAUAGCGCCAAAUGGGUUAUUUCUAAUCUUCACUACAACGAUGUCAUGUCAUCAGAAUCCCUCAAAAAUGGAACCUUGCUCACCGCGGAAGAAUACGGUUCCCCAUUCAAGGAUGAAAACGAUUUCUCCUACGGUAUUGACCCCCUUCAGGGAUGCAUGCACUCGAUCUUUUUGGUGCUUUGUGAGAUUCUUCAUGCUUAUUCUGUUUUGUCUUCGGUCAGAAGGAGUCUCAAUGAAGACAUCAAGAAAGUUGCUCGUGAUCCCACCAUGGACAUUAAUCUUCUCAAUUCCCGUCGUGCUCAGCACUACACGGAAACCCAAAAACAAGCUAAGCGCCUUAUGGCUAAGGUAGAAGCUUGCAAGCCACGGAAAAAUCAGGAAUGCUUCAUCGACCCAAGCGAGCUUCACCAUCACCACACUCUUUUUGAGGCCUUCAGAAACACCUGCAAGCUUUAUGUGCUCAUGUAUAUCAGAGAUCUUCCGCCUCGUACUCCAGAGGUCCAAGGCGUGCUCUUGGAUACCUUUAAGCUUUUAGACGUUCUUAUCGAGUGUGAUCUACGGGCAGCUGUCACGAAGGUUAUGCUUCUUUGCGGUUUGGCAUGUUACAAGGAGAUCGACCGCAUUGAACUCAGACACAAGUUCACUAGAUUGCAAACGUACUACAAGGUAUUCAACGUCCACAAUGUCAGGCACAUUGUGGAGCAGAUAUGGCUUGCCAAUCCUGAUGGCCUCUUUACUAUUGAUUGGGGAGAGACUUGCGAAAAGAUGGGCUGGACCGUGGCUGCGUUUUAA